AUGAAGGUGGUAGCGCAACGUGUGGGCUCCACCAGUCACGUGUGGGGCUACGUAAUCGUGUUAACAGCAGCCCUGACCUUCAUUUUAUCCAUGUAUGUCAUGAUUUUCUCCAAGCUGCUGUGA